AUGAAGCUACGGCUUCAACAGGACCAACAAGCUCAACAGGAGGAGAACCGAUCCAAGGAUAACAUGAAGGGAGAAGGGGAUAGCCAUAGGAGGAGUAUUCAUCAAAGACCAACUACUCCGAACGAGCAGAAUUCAGAUCUUUUUCGAGAAAUGAAGAAGGAGAUGGACGAACUGAGGAACGCCAUUAAGGAGAAGACGGAUCGAAGCGUAGACAAAAUGGUAAGGGCCACAGAUUCACCUUUCAUCGCGGCGGUACUUGAAUGCCCUGUACCGUCAAAGUUUCGCUUACCUCAACUUAAGUCGUUCAAUGGACUCAAAGACCCUCAGGAUCACCUUAAUACCUUUAAGACAACGCUAGGUCUUCAACAGCCACCCGACGAGAUACUGUGUCAUUCCUUUCCCACCACUCUCAAAGGAGCUGCAAGUGAAUGGUUCACAAAGUUGCCGACUUUGUCCGUUGACAACUUCGAGCAGUUGACCAAUGCCUUCUUGCGUCACUUCAUAGGGGGGCAGCGUCCAAAGAGGCCGGCGGACUACUUACUCACCAUUAGACAGGGAGAGAAGGAAACUCUGAGAUCGUACGUGAAACGAUUUACUCGGGAGACUCUGGAGGUGGACGACGCUGAUGACAAGGUACAGCUGACGACCUUUAAAGCGGGACUGAGAUCCAGAGAUCUCGUGGCUUCCCUUGCAGAGAAUCCUCUAAAGAUAAUGGCAGAAAUGCUCCUGAAAGCACAGAAGUACAUGAAUGCUGAAGAUGCUUUAGCAGCCAUAAAGGAUGUAGAAAAGCCAGGAGAAAAGGUGAAGAAAGAAGACGAGCGUAGGGGUCAAAAGAGGGAAUGCCCAGAUCGUCCGAACAAUGAUGUGAACAGAAGAAAAGAUGAUCAAGGUCCUUGGACGAUAAGAUUUACUCCUCUAGUUAUACCUGUUGACAAAAUUUUAAUGCAAAUUAAGGACGAGCACUAUCUCAAAUGGCCAAGACCAUUACACUCAUCCCCUAAUGUUUGUGAUAAAAACAAGUACUGCUGA